AUGGCUCACAACAUGGAUGAGACACACAAGAGGCCUAAGGGUAUCCUGAAAAACCCAAGCUCUCAGAACAUUCAACCGUCGCAUGAUACUCUAGCCCCCCGCGCCCCCUCUACAGAACCUAUCGAUACCAAGGAGCUCACCCUUCAAAAUACUCUUCAAAAUGCCGGGUCCCGUCGCUCCUCGUCUACAACUCGCCCCGGGACCGCGUCUCGACGCCAGUCGGUAGCCAGCAUUCAGCAUGACGAGAACUCCCCACGGUUGAAAUGGGACGAGGCGAAUCUUUACCUGACUGAGCAGGAGAAGACUGCCAAGAUGAAGAUCGAUGAACCUAAAACGCCGUAUGCGCCGCAUUACGAUCCAAGCCAGGACGAAGAAGAGAUGGAGCUUGCAGAAGCCGAAGACAGCUUGAUCGAUGCGCAAGGGGUAGUUGUUGACGAACUCGACAAGACGAAGAAGGGGCCUCGGAAGGCAGUUACUGAGGAUGAUAUUCCCGAUCUCGAGCUAGGGGAGCCGGAAGAUCUGUUUCCUGGUGGCGCUGAUGCCCAGAGCAACGAUCGCAUCGUACGUGCGCGGAGUCUGAGCAAUGAGUCCCACCGGAGCGAUAAGCAUGUGGUCAUGGGGGAUGACGAGCCUAAUGGAAACACCAACACAGAUGCAGAUCACUUGUUGAGCCCCGAAGAGGCCCAGGAAAAGCAUCGCCAGUUUGAGAAGCAGAGGAAGAAGCAUUACGAGAUGCGGAAUAUUAAAGAGCUUCUUGCGCAUUCCACGGAGCUGGAGGAAAUGGAUGAAGAUGAGGACAGUGGCGAGGGCACUCCUGCUGUUCCGCCACCGAUGCCCAAGAUUCCGGAGAAAUUUGUGAAAGGGUGGAAGUAG